UAAGAUGCAUAAUGUUCGAUGUUUAAACCAAUUACAAUGUUUAUACCAAUAUAUUUUUGUUUUCUCUACAAUAACAUUAACCAAUACGUGAGGUGCUGUAUAGAGCGAUCUUUAUGUAACAACUUGUUAAAUCUUAAUGUUUAAACUGUUAAACAAUUUAAUGUUGUCAUUUUCUGCAUUCGAUGGGAACAAUAGUCGAGAUGUAUAACUUUUUAAAAAAUAUAUUUCACUCGCUGUGACUGUCGCACGUCAUUUAUUACGUUGUCUUUUUCAUUCAUACAUAAUGUUUUUUUCGCUUGGUCCUCGUUCAAACAUCAAAAUUUGGAUGCGCUCAAACUUAUUUUGGAAAGUGUAAUGCAUGCUUGGUUCUCUAUAACAUUAUAGUGUUUUUUCGUUUAAUUCACUUACAACAGCACUUGGUUUUUUGCAAGUAACUCGUUCGAACAGUCUACUUUGAUUGUCUUUUGAUCCUAUUCUUACUACACUGUGUUUGUCGAAUUGUUUGCAGUUGUUGCUUACUCUUCGUCAUAACUUGUUUUCUGUUUGUCGCUCGUUUUUGUCUGACUUUGUUUGUUUGCAUGAUAGUCGUUUAUAAAUAGUUUAUUGGCAUUUUAUUGUACUGUGUUAGUUACUUGGUCUUCCUAGUUACACCGUUCUGCACUUCGUGCAUUGCCUUUAUUCUUAUAUUCUUUUUGUAAAAAUGGCCUUGGAUAUUUAUGAAUUUAACAAAAGUUGUCGAUUAAUAUUCGUACACUGAGUUCAUUCUAUUUUUCGCGUGUUCCCCGUUGGCUUAAAAUAGAUAACUGCGUGGACGACAUCAUAGUGAAUUGUACUAUGAUGGAUGCAUUGUUCCAAGUGUGCAACGGAAGUAAGGAACACGCUGCUCAUGUCUGUCCACAAACGUUCAAUCUCUGUCAUUAUGGUGAGAAAAUCUUAAUGAUGGUGUACACACUACAUUCUAGAAAAGCAAUAACCAUUAUUUUCAUUUUUACUUCAUCAAUAAUAAACAUUUUAUAACUAAUAAUGUUAUUAUGGUAUUCCACUAUCUAUUGUUUUAUUGUUAGUAUAUAUACACUCAUAUAUGCAUGCAUGCGUGACAUAAGUUAACUAAAUUUGUGUAUUAAGGUCACAAAUGACCAUGCACACCCUUUAAAAGAAAUACACCAUUUUUUGAAGUGCGAUAUGUAACUGACUCUUUCUUGUAGUAAACGGAAACUAAACUGAAUGGUCCGAUUGGUCUGCGUGUAUGAGUACAUGUGGCAACACUACGCAAAUGAGAGAGAGGUCAUGCACCAAGCCCAAAUCAUCAUCAUAGUAGUAGUAGCAGCAGCAGACGAGUAGUUAUAGUAGUAGUACUAGUAGUGAUUAAAGUAUUAGCAGUAUUAAUUAUAUUAAUAGUAGAGCUAUAAAGAAGUAGUGGCGUUGUAUCAUCAUCAUCAUCAUUAUCAUCAUCAUCUGAUUGGUCUGCGUGUAUGAGUACAUGUGGCAACACUACGCAAAUGAGAGAGAGGUCAUGCACCAAGCCCAAAUCAUCGAAGUUUGGUAAAGAAUGCGAAGGGCCCGCUGAGAAAUAUAACCUUUGCAAGUUGGAACAGUGUCCAGUGGAUGGGAAAUGGUCAGAUUGGGAAAAAUGGUCAGCAUGCACAACCACUUGCGACAGCUCUACCCAGACGCGAAGCAGGACUUGUACAAACCCUCAACCAUCCAAUAAAGGCACGGAUUGCGAAGGAUCAUCCGAAGAAUCCAAGUCGUGUAUGCUGGAAUCUUGUCCCGUUCCUGUUGGAUGGAGAACGUGGGGUGAAUGGGGAUCGUGUUCGACCACGUGCGGUGUAGGAAUACAAAACCGAAAUAGGAGCUGCGUUGUACCUCGUUCCAACAGAAUCGGUGAUUACUGUGCUGGCGAUUCAACAGAUCAUCAACUGUGCAUGCCGCGUUUAUGUGCAGAUGGCGAUUGGGCCACGUGGUCGUCAUGGAACACGUGCUCAGUCACGUGCGGUGGAGGAUUCUACCAACGAACACGUGACUGCACUUAUCCACCACCACCUCUGUUUGGCCGCAUGUGCACAGGGCCGAGCAGUGAGAUUGCAUCAUGCAAUACACAGCACUGUCCUAAAAUUGACGGCGGAUGGACCGAUUGGUCAAUAUGGAGCGGGUGCUCAGUUUCGUGUGGUGGAGGUUUCUACAAACGUUAUCGUGACUGUACUAACCCUACACCAUCUCCGUUCGGCCGUCAGUGUGCGGGAUCCUACAUCGACGUCGCAGUAUGCAGCACACAGCCUUGUCCGCACACAGCGGGCGGAUGGUCAGAGUGGACGCAGUGGGGUUCGUGUACAGCCAAGAGCGGAUAUGGAAUGCGCAUGCGGAAUCGCCAAUGUAACAAUCCUACACCAUCCGCAUGUGGAAUGUUCUGCCAUGGUGCGAGUGUAGACACGGAGGUCUGUUAUGGUUCAGUGGGACCUACAGCGCGAAGAAAGGAUGGUGAUCGCCUUGAAAUAUUUGUGGCAGGACAAUGGGGAACAGUGUGUGAUGAUGGAUUUGAUACAGUCGCAGCUAAAGUGGCAUGUAGAAUGGCGACUCAUGAAUCUUACAGAAAACUUGACACCUAUCCUUAUGCAGAAGUAACAAAUCCGCCUGCAGGACCGAGCGAUAUGCCAAUCUGGCUGGAUGACGUGAAAUGUACUGGAAAUGAAAACUCCUUGUUAGAGUGCAUUCAUCAGCCUAUUGGUACACACAACUGUAAUCACGAUGAAGAUGUCGGUAUUUCUUGCGGUGAUCUUUGGAAUUAUAUACUGCGUGGGUGAAUUUCUUGAAUGUUUUCACUUCACGAUCAUUUGCCAAUUGUUCGGUAUUUCUCUACAUAAAUUGUAUGUCAGUCGGCAUAUUGUACAUUAAAUGUAUAUAUUUAUGUUGUAACAACAUUUUUAUUUUAAAUUUUAUGUUAUGGUUACCAAUUACCAAUAAGCACGAUGCAUUUGCUAAACAGAUACAUUGCACAAGAACACUAAUUAAUUCCUUGUAUAUAUUGUUCAACGUAAUCAAGCAAAGCAAACGAUUCUAAUUAGCUAAACGCAUGCACAAAUGCAUAUACACGCAUACACGAUCGCAAUUAUAACUACAUAUAUCUGCCUUUUUAUACGUUAGCUUUAGAUUGAGCGUGCGGGGGUAGAGUAUACUGAUAAUUAUUUAGUAUAUUGCCCCGUUUUUAAAUAUCAUUUUUGCAUUUUUCCAAUAGUCAAUUUUAUUUUCCAGCAAGAGGCACUUCAUUUAUUGUUGAUUAAAUCUGCAUACGCACGCUUUUCAUGAAUUAUACACCAAAAAGGGGAAAUACUUUAUAAGCUUUCAAGCUUCUGUCUUGCAUUCGUUACACUUUUAGAAAUACAUUAUACUGAUUUGAUAUAUUGUAUAUGUAUAUAAGAUGGGCAAUAAACUAAACAAAACGCA